AUGGCAGUCGAACUUCUGAUGGACAACCACAGCCCCACGGGCGCAGAGGUGGUGUUCCCCGAAGCAGACAGACUCAUUCACGCGCUGAGGUGCUUCUUCCACCGCUCCUGGUUCAGUCGCGUCUGGGUCAUCCAAGAAGUCCUCCUCGCGGGGGAUGCAGUCGCCUACUGCUCCCGCAACACUCUGCCCUUUGCUGCCAUCCAGACUUUCUAUCAAUGGAACACGACGGAGAAAUGGCUCGCCAAGCUACCCUAUGUUGUUUUCCGCGGCCGCAAAGGACGAAGGCAUGGACUUUGGGGAGGAUGUACCAACUCUUCGUACUGA